AUUUUGGUGCGGGAUGUUCUUGCUGAUGGUCAGCAAGUCAGACAGACAGUCCGGGGCUUGGCAUUUUUCUCUUCACAUUCUGUUGGGGGCUGCGGUUGAAAAAAAAAAGAAAAAGUUGCAACCAUGACGAGACAAAGACAGUGAGUGAAUAUUGACGUAGAAUGAAUUAAGUCACUUAGGCGACCCAUCAUGGCGAUAAGGGAGCUCAAAGUUUGUCUUUUAGGGGACACCGGUGUGGGAAAAUCCAGCAUUGUGUGUCGCUUCGUCCAGGAUCACUUUGACCACAACAUUAGCCCCACGAUAGGAGCCUCAUUCUUGACCAAGACAGUGCCAUCCGGAAGCGAGCUGCAUAAAUUUCUGAUUUGGGACACGGCGGGACAGGAGCGGUUCCACUCAUUAGCACCGAUGUACUACAGAGGAUCAGCUGCUGCUGUCAUCGUCUAUGAUAUCACUAAACUGGACUCUUUCCAGACAUUAAAGAAGUGGGUGAAGGAGCUGAAGGAACAUGGGCCCGAGGAUAUUGUUGUCGCUAUUGCAGGGAACAAGAACGACUUAGGAGAUAUCAGGGAAGUCCCAAUGAAGGAGGCCAAGGAGUUUGCUGAAUCCAUUGCCGCCAUCUUCAUCGAGACCAGCGCCAGGAAUGCCGUAAACGUGGAGGAACUCUUCCAGAAGAUCAGCAAACAGAUCCCGCCGCUAGAAAACCUCGACGUGGAAAGCACAGAGUCGUUCAAACUGACCCGACAGCCUGCUCCGUCCACCAGGAGGUGCUGCUAGAACAUCUACAGACUGUCAAGGUCACAGCCGCCAUGCAAAACAUCUCAUGCUUAGUUUCACAUGUAUUACAAGGUAUUGGGGCCACUAUGAAAAGAAAAAAAAAAAGAAGCACUUUUAUAUUCUAGAUUUUUUUCUCAAAAAUAGCGAUAAUGUAAAAAGAAAAAGUUGAAUAAAAAAGGUGUAGUUUUACAAGAAUAAGUUUUACAAGAAUAAGGCAACUUCAUAAUUUUACGAUUUUUGUUUUACAGGACGGAAGUUGUAAUAUUACAUGGAAUGUAUUAUUGUACAAGACUAAAGUUGUCUAAUGAGGGAAAAACAAUAUUUUACAAUAUAUUAUGAAAUAAGAUUUGUGAUAUUUUGCAAAAAAUCAUAAGAAUUACAUUCCAAUACUAUAAUAUGAGAAAAUUCUAUAUUUCCGAGAACAAAGAAGAAUUCCAUGAGAAAUAGGUCGUAACUUUUCUAGAGUGAAUGGUGUUAUCAGAAGACACUAAAGUUGUAACAUUACAAUUCAAAACGUUGCAAUAUACGAACGACAUUAGAAUGUAGUAAACUGAACAUUAGUUGCAUUUCCUCCAUCAACUUUAACAAUCAUCAAAAAAUUGGACAAUGUUGCAACUUUUUUUCAUACCAUUACACCUGUACUAUAAUUAUUUUUGCAAUUCGUCUUCCUUUUCAGUUUGGCCUUAAUACUCAAAUGUGGCAUAACCUCAGCUAUCUAACAAAAGAAUAACUUCACUUUUUUUUUUUAGUAACUCAUAUAUUGCCCUCUUGUGCUGCAUUGCAAAGCAUUUCCAUCCCAUUAGCUCUCAUUACCCUCAAUGCACUGUGGCUCUUCAGUGGCGCAUCAACAUACAAUUUUUAUGCACAUGCACUUGUGUAGCACACGCACACAUACACACGCACACACACUUGCACACACAAAUACUUAUGCACUUGUAUAAGAGGUAACCGUAAUAGUUGCAUGGUUAGUACGGCGCCCCCUGCUGGAAUAUUAUGCCCGUCCCCUUUGCUACAGUUGUUUACAUGUUGAAUGAACUACAUAUGAACACAUCGUGUCAAGUGCAUUUAGUCUUUGUAUGAAGAGACUUGCCUCAGAAGCAGUGAUCGGUUUUAUCAACAUUUUUACCUUUUGUACAAGUGUAAAACCAAGUUAAAAACUGUUUAAUAAAACGGAAAUAAAGUCAAAGCAAGCGCUCA